AUGGUGACUCCGCCCACGGCCGAAGACCUUGAGGCGCAGCCAGGACGGCUUAGGCGCAUCGGGGCCGGAGUCGGUCACGUCGUGCAUGGCUUAAUCUUCGAAUUCGAUGGUGGCAUACGGAAAGGUUGCCUCUUGGAUGAUGACUGCGCGAGGAUGGACAUCUGUGAUGAUCAUGCUUGCAAGAAGCGAAAAGUCAAGUGGCAUUCGGUCGAUGAAGAUGACUGCAUAUUUAAAGUUUGCGGCUAUGGCUCCAAGCCUAUUCGUGAGACCAAGAUGUACCUUUGCCACACAGUUGAAUUCACGACUCGCUCGGGAAAGACGAUCACGUUUGAAGGGAAGAGAAAGUGCAAGAGGGGGCAUGAAUUCCCCACCCUCAAGGCCGACUUCGGCUUCGAGAUCUGCAGGCUGAUCUUCUCAGAAGGCUGCGUCAUUGGGGCCCUGGAGAGGCCACUUGUUGCUUCUUUCCUUCAAUGUGAGGUCAAAGCGGACGAGACAGGUUCUCUGGACUUCGAUUGUCCGUACUUUCCACAGAAGGAUGGCAUCGAGGUGCAUCCCGGUGGCUGGGCGGGGAAAAAGGGGUUGCGAAACUUUGACAGCAUCGUGAGAGUCAGCGGAAAGCUGACGCGCGAGAUGCGCUCCUCAGAGGAGCUCCAAGCUGCACUCAGCGCACGUCCACUCUUGCUGACCUUCAUGAAGCUCGUGCCCCACAAGGCCACUUCGAUAGACGAGCUGCAGCAGGUUAAGCUGGUUAGAGGAUCAGCAUCCCUGGACAUGUGUGCAGAUGCGCUUCUGAAUGAAGGGAACGCAGCUCCCCCACCGAGCACUACCGAAACGCAGCAACAGCCCCACACAGCGCCCAAGAAACGGAAUCGCUGGCAACGAGGAGCGGAUCCCCUCCAGCAGCCUAUUCCGCAUCACAGGCCCGUGGAAUUCACAGGCGGAGUAGAGGCGAUGCCAGCAGCGGGACGGAAGCCAGCCCCGGAUUUCGACCCCGCAUCGCGUGGUGGCCCUUACGAGUGGAACCUUGCCGAUAUAGCCGAGCCCACAUCCUCGGACCGCGUGUUGGCCUGGGGGGCCACUGCCAGGUAUCAGCUGCCACAGCCGCGGAGUUCUCCGGCAUGCAGUUCGGACGUGGAUCGCUUUUUGAAGAGCUUCUUCGAGACGCGGAAAGGUCCAGAUGGGAAGUCGCUCGAGUCCUUGCUGGGGGAACCUGCGCCGUACAGUGACGGUUGGUGGCGCAUCCCGUGGAUGCCAAUGGAGGACACCUACCGGGAACUGCUGCGCCAGGGCGGCUGGCAGCGCGGCUGGCACGGCUGCAAGAUGGAGGCUCUCUACUCCAUCAUAUACCAUGGUGAGCUCUUCCCGAGCAGCGACGAGUCGAAGGGUGACCGAAUGCUUGCCGGCUGUCCUGGGGUCUACUUGCACCGGGACAGUUUGCACCACAAGGUGGAGAACUACAUGCGCUGGAUUCCGCUGUGUGGGGACGGUCUCUUUUGGGCAGCAAAGUGGGAGGUGGUGUAUGCUUCCUGGGGUAGUGUAAAGCGCGGCAAGAGGACCGACCAAGUAAUACAAAGUGCGGAGUCGGUGGAGCUGGCAGCCCUCUGGCUAUCGGUGCGUUCAGCGAGCAUGUUGCCGGAAGGGACCCCUGUGCAGGCUAAGUGGUCCCCAGAGCGUGAGGCCAACCCGCGCUGGAACCAGUCCCGGCGACGCACCAGCGCUUUGAUGGCCUUGGAGGAUUUCUCUAGGAGCGAGCCGGCCAAUGGGCUCCUGGCACUAGAAGACUGGGCAGCGGCCCCAGCCCCAGUGAAGGACCAACAGGCUCCUUCCGACUUUCACCUUUGGCCCACUCUCGGUGAAGCUGACUCUAUCGACAAAGAUGCGGCUGCCGCAAAGCGGUUGGCGCGCACGUGCUCGGGUUCCCGCACGCCCUCGAGCUCUUCUGGCUCUUCGCCGGUGGCUGGCCCGAGUGUCCCACCGGACUCUAUCCCAACACGGCGGUGGGACAGAAAGCAUCAGGCGUGA